AUGCCACGUGUCAGCUCUCUGAUUGUGUUUUUUACCUUCAUGGUGACCCUUUUCGCUGUCAGUCAUGCAGCCGGAGUCUCCGGUUAUGAUAACAUUUAUCAAGUUUUGGCUCCGAGAUUCCGACGUGCUCGUUUGAUGAGUUUCGACGGUGAAGCUCCUCAAUACCUUCAACACUUGCUUCAGAAUCUGAAACCGCGCUUCCGAAGAUCUGUUUGA